GUUGAGCCACAGUCACAGAUGACCCCCCAACUCAGACCCAUCUCUAUGCCCAGGCGCCACCCUUUCAGGCCCCUUUGAAUGUAUAAAAACCCUUUCAUGCAAAGUGUGUCCCUGUCCUUUUCCCACCAAGCCACCCUGUGACCCCCAGCCGGCUGCUGCCAGCUGCGCCACGUAAGCCUUCACCUCUACAUCCGGUUUUGAAUUCGAAUACAAGCACACACUACCCUGUCACACACAAUACGGGGCUGUCUCCGAACAUUGCUAACAACCGGGCAGUGUGUCAAACCACCUGAAACCUCCAUCCUGCCAAGUAUCAGCAUGCAAAGCAAAAGCACUACAAAGACAGAUUUGCAACCAAUUCAGAUGGUGUCCCUUCUAAGAGACCUGAAGCAUGCUGAUCAAUCGAGAUUGUGGGUUCUGGAGCCACUCCACUAAGAAAGAAUACAGCACACCAAAGAAGAGAGGAGUCUCUUGCAAGCUCUCUCUCAUUCGCGCAUGGAGAUAUGAGAAUGAAUGAACCGCAGCGAAAGAAAGAGCACACUGGAAAAACUCAACUCCCUAGUAACCAGGCGACUGCCUCGAGUGUCAUUCUAUUUCAGUGCAUUUGGGUUUCCCCUACUUGGGUCGCACUCAGAACACUUGUUGAAUGCACUUCUGACACUCUCUCCUCAAUUCCCUUGCACUCCGGAUGUUUCCGUACCCUCUGAACCUCUGCGAAAAAAUGCCUGCACGGGUCACUAGGCCAGGUGGCAUUGAGACUGACUCAUGCCUGAGUACGGUUAGUCAGCCCCGCUUUGUAAGCUCCGGUCCGUGCCAAAACUGGCAGCUGACAACUUGGCAACCAGGAUGUUCGGCAGGGUUCUUCUGUUUCACGACAGUACUCUGAAUCAAAAUAAAAGGGCAAUUUACGCCGCACCAGUCAUUUUUUCCUGUGCUGCAAGGGAC